AUGCCAGACUCGACGCUGACCCACUGUCAAGAUUGCAAAAGGGCUUUCGCUUGCCUGCAUCAUGAGGUGACGUCCGUUGGCGGGUUGCUUUGCUUGCAGAGCGAGCAAGACCCUUGGGCGGUCGCGCACCGCUCAGAGAACGCAAUAGCAGCGUUCCAAGUCGAGCUCCGCGUCGCGAAGCGGCUCAGGGAGAGGGAGGCCCCGAGUGACGCGGCAAGCGGAGCAGGCGGCGGCAGAGCAAACUCUCUAGGCGCGGCAGCGGAUGAAAGCGCGAGGAGGAGGUCGGCGGUGCCGAAGCAGCUCCAGGUCGACCUGGAGUUCGUCUGGCUGGAGCGAUUUUACUCAAACUACGCAUGUGCGGAUGAGACCGCCUGGUCCAGCCUCCUGGCCGGCCUCAGGGCGUCGGGCACCUCGUCCGCCGCCUUCGAGGGGGCGCUCCGGGCUACGGCGCUCGCAAGCUCUGCCAUGCAGACGCGGCAGGCGGGGCUGAUGACCCUGGCGAAGCGAUACUACGGCAGUGCCAUCGCGAAUAUCAACUCGGCCUUGCAGAACCCCGCAAUGGCGCAGGACGACUCGGUCGCCGUUGCGCUGCUUUUCCUCCAGGUUUUUGCCGGAGGGGAACGUCGUGACCUGAUUUUUAAUGUCGUGAAGAACGCCUCCUGGGCGAGACAUGCCGUGGUAGAGCCGUUAUUGGCACGGGCGGUGGAAUUCAAGGGAGCGGUUGGCAGCGUGAUAACGUCUAUCAAACGUCGGAAGGCGCCCAUCAUAGGGAUUCUCCAGACAGGACUUGGCAUCAUCCGCGAUCUUGGAGCAGCCGCAAAUUACAGGAUCGUGUCGCCAGGGCCGCGGAAGACAGCACAGCAAACUAGAGCAAUGGGAGGGGAGUCGAACAAUUUCAACAACGUGUUGAGUGGAUGGUCGUACGGGACCGAGGCCGUGGUAAAGAGCAUGUAUCUCACCGUGAGACUCCAGGUGAUCGGGUUCAUCCUCAACCUGUCCAUCGCGCACGGCGAACCCACUUGUGAGGAGCUCAGGAUGCUCGCCAGCCUCCCACACGGUUUAACGGCGGUAGAGCAGGUCUGCGAGCAGAUCCGUGUCGUGUUCGGGUUUGACGGCAGGGAACCUGCGUCAAGGAAUCAGGGCAUCGCGUUCAAUGCUUGGUGCAUGUUAUGGCCUUUGAUCACUGUGCUGCAGUCCGGGUUUACAGACAGAGAAACACGGCUGUGGAUGAUGGACAAGUUAACCCUAAUAGAAGGUCUGGCGUCCCAAAGCGUUCAUUCCGGAGUUUGGACUAGCAGUCGGGUGUGACCAUUAACGUGCAUUCGGAAGGAUAUCCGGUGACUUCGACUUGGCUUUGGCCGAGAUUCGGAGAGUUAAUGAAGGAUAUAGUUCGCGUCGAACAGCAAAAUGACGACGGCGAUCCGGUGCUCGUGCGUGUGAUGAAAAGAUGCAUUCCGUAUGAGCGUCCACAGAUGAAGGAUGCAUCACCUUUGAUACUUCUCAUUCGUCUCUGUGAUAUCACCGUGACGAGAACCAGUCUCAGUUAGUGGGCUUUGAACGGGUACACGUCGGCAUGAGCCUCGAGAUGGAUGCGUUGCCCAGGUCAUGCAUGAGCUUAGCCCCUCAGGCCAUGGUUGUUCGCUCGAGUCGAUCCGGCGGCAGUUGACGUUGAGCUGACGGACAGAAAUCAACGGACACGAACAAAGAUGAUGCCCAGCCACCAAAA